AUGGACUGGACCCCUCUCCUGCUCCUGAUCCUCUCUCAAUGCACAGGCUCCCUGUCCCAGCCCGUGCUGACCCUGCCGCCCUCCGUCUCUGCAUCUCCGGGAACGAUGGUCAGACUCACCUGCACCCUGAGCAGGGACAUCGGUGUUGGCGGCCCUAACAUCGACUGGAUCCAGCGGCAGCCAGGGAGCCCUCCCCGGGAUCUGCUGUACUACUCCUCAGACUCCGAUAAGCACCAGGGCUCCGGGGUCCCCAGCUGCUCCUUGGGCUCCAAAGACGCCUCGGCCAAUGCAGGGCUUCUGCGCAUCUCGGGGCUGCAGGCCGAGGCCGAGGCGGACUAUUACUGCAGUAUUUGGGAUCGCAGUUCUAGUUCUCACACAGCGCUGCGGACCCAUGAGGACGUGAGACAAAAACCUCCCUACCCAGCCUGUGGAGAGGCGGCCUGCACCCUGAGCACCCAGAAUGGCACCGCCAACCUCGUUUUCUGGAAAGCAUCCUCAGCUUCUGAGCACCCAGCCACCAGAGCUUUGAACUGA